AUUACAUCCACUCACAUUGAUCAUAUUAGCCAGUGUGUUUGCUUUUAUUGACUUUGAUUGCUUGUGUAUUUUUCUGUGUUCAGAUACAGUGACAUUGCAGUUUCCAUCCAUGACCCCUGGAUGUAUAAUGUCCCCAUUAGGCAGAAUACAACAGCCAGUGGAAAAUGAUGGGAACGAGUGCAUUUGCCCACCAUCAAUCUCUUCAGGCUUCACAAAGGACCUGGAGUACCUGAACAGCCCGUGUGAGAAGUGCUGUUUCCCAGCCCCGCCGCCCAUGAUCAGCGACCUGAUGAACGACGGCGACCUGCUCCAGCGGCUGCAGCAGAAGCUGGACCCGGCCCACUGCACGGUCAAGAACUGGAAGAACUUCGCCAGCCGCUGGGGCAUGAGCUACGACGAGCUGGCCCUGCUGGAGCACCGCACGCAGGCCUCCGUGAGCCUCAGCCCCACGCAGGAGUUCCUGCUGCGCAACAACCAGAAGAGCGUGCGCGAGCUCACCGAACUGUGCCGCCUGUACCAGCGGAUCGACGUGCUGCGCCUGCUCCAGCGCUGGAUGGAGAACGACUGGCCCUCGCGAUGGCAGCACGCCCACUAGUCAGCCGCGCCGUUAGGGAUGGAGGGACCUGGAGAGACAAGACGACGCAAGGUGUCGGAAUGUGACUUUUGUUUACUUUUGGGAUCAGUCUUGAAGGACUGUUUACUGCCCACCCCUUCGACUAUGAUGUUGUCUUUGUCUGAUGGCUCCAACUCCGGGUUUUUGUUUGUUGAUGUUGUUGUUGUUGUUGUUGUUGUUGUUAAUGCUCGUUUUUGACUGAUCUCUAAGGGAACUUUGGGAAAGUUUACCCGACUCCUGCAGAGUUCUGAUCAGGAGGAUAUGGAUUGGUGUUGGACUUCUUGCUCAGAUUCUCAACUGAUUUAGUUCUGAACAGAAAUGCACAAUUACUUUACGCAGCACAUAACAAGGUGUCUUAUCUAAUCUUAAGAAUGAGAUCGUAUAAGCCAUUGUCAUGUACUGUGUCCUUAUUGAUCUGGAAAACCUAAACCUAAUAUCUCUUGACAGAUCAAAAUUAUUGUCUGCCAGAUUUUUUACCAAAUCACCUAGCAGUAUUUUGGACAGACCUAAUCAUGUCAAGCUUAUUGAACUACUGUCCAACUAUUUAAACUAUCCUAACUAUUCAACAUGCAAUUCCCAUUAACAUGGACUCCGUAGGGUGAUGGCAGAUGAGAUCAUGUUUAAAACGAUUCACACUGUAGAUGGCUACAAACAACAUCGGUGCUGAAACUGUUCACAUGAGAAAGAGAAUACUAAUGUUGAAGAUAAAGUGACGCAAACCAAUUCACCCCAUAAUAUCUACACAGUAUAUAGUCUUGGUUGCUCUGAGACACCUGCCUAGAAAUCGCCAGAAGUUGUGAAAGGGGUCUGAUUGUGUCAGAAAAUAGUAUUAAUACAGCCAUGAAACAUGAAAAAAGCUAUUAACCAAACAACUGUGUGGAUUGAAUCAACAGCACACUUGUUUCAGGUGGCAACCCUUAAAGCUAAAGUAUGUAACCAGUCCCUUUGUCUCCUCCGUGAGGAGUUCAUUUGGCUUCUGGCCUGACCAGUGUCUCUGCUGUUCUGUGUAGCACACUACUGUUCUAAAUGUCCUACUGUUCCUGUGUUGGCAGUUUUCAAGAGACCAGCCAACAGGCACUGUAACGUUUCUUUUUCCAUUUUUAGUCAGGUCAGUUAGCCAGACAAAUUAUUAUUUCACAUUCUUUGCCUUGCAUUGAUAUCUUGUAACACUCAGCAAACGUAGAAGCACAUGUCACCUUGUGUAAGAGCUUGCUAUGUGUUGUCAAAAGUUUUUAAAGUCCCACAAACGUCAUUAUCAAUGGCUGUAAAUACUUGGCAAUAGAAUGUGCUGGUGGAUUCCGUUCAGGGUGGCUACUGUUUAGAGCAUUUGUGUUUUUAGAUUUCAGAUUUGACUUUUUGACGUAUGGUUAUAAUCCAUUGGUUGCAUAACUGUAUGGGGAAUGUGGUGUAAUUCAUUUCUGUUGUAUUUUGUUUCUCUAGUUUUCCAGCAAUAAAUAUGGGUCCGCUCUUUGAAACACGA